AUGAAGAGCUACGACGGCUGCUGGACGUGCCGGCUGAGGAAGAAGCGGUGCGAUGAGAUACAGCCAGUGUGCGGGAACUGCUCAGCGCUGCAAAUUACCUGCCACUUCGGUGACGAGAAGCCGUCAUGGAUGGACAACGGACUUGGGCAGAAAGAGAAAGCUGAAGAGGUCAAGCGAGAGGUUAAGAGUGCUGCCGCGCGCCGUCGUGGGACCCUGCCGAUGGAUGUCCUUGCCGACAAGGACGCUGGGCUGGCUACGGGCGGACUGAAGCGACAGAGUGCGUCGACAAAGUGCCCGCCCUUUCACGCCGAGCCGACUCCAGACUCCAGUCCUGGUUGGGCCUCUACGCAUACACAAUUUAGCACAACAUUGAGCAAGGCCCACCCAGAUUCCUGGAAUACGCUGGAUAGGUUGUAUAUAAGCAACUCCUCUGAUAGGGAACCAGGGGUCUCAGAGCUCGACCGCCGCUUCAUGAUGUUCUACUUUGACCACUUCUUCCCGUUUCUAUUCCCCUUUUACCAGCCCCUUCUGCUUGAGGGUGGGCGUACCUGGGUCAUGGAGCUUGUUGCAGGCGACCAAGCCAUGUGGCACACCACACUUUGCCUUAGCACAUACUUUGUCUCAGUCGCCCUGGAUGGCACUGUAUCAGGGCCCAACGUAUGCAAGUCACUUGCUUGGGAAAAGCUUCUGAAGCAGAUGGGUGUAACCUUCAUGAUGCUCCAGCGCAACCUCCAGGAAGUUGCUUCAAGUAAUACGCAGGAGCUGAUAGUCAAGACCUCCCGAAUUAUGGGAAGCAUUAUCCAGCUACAACGGUUCGAGAUCUCGGUCGGGAACUUCGAGAAUUGUCAAAAGCACCUUGGUGCGGCCAUUACGCUGUUCAGACAGAUUUUUUGGGCUGUAGAGAAUGUCAUCGACCGCGGCGAGCUGCCUACUUUCUACGGCGUCCUGAAUCAUAUGGGACGGCCACUCUGGGCUAUAACGUCUCAACAGAGCGGAGCCUGGAACUCCGAUCAAGCAGCUUUCCGAUUUUACUCCGCACUUCUGAUCGUGGAUGACAUUAUCGCCAGCACAUGCAUGGAGGAACCGCCUAGAUUGCGCGAGUAUCACGCUCGGCUCCUCACGAACGGCGGCAGCUCCGAUGAGAGGCCUCCUCUGAACCUCGAGGACUUUAUCGGCUGCGAGAACUGGGUCAUGUUGCAGAUCGGCGAGAUAGCUGCGCUCGACGCGUGGAAGAAGUCAACAAAAAGGGCCGGGAGGCUGGAUAUGAUGGAGCUGGUGGCGCGCGCGUCGGCAAUCAAGCAAGUACUGCUCGGUAACCUCGCGCGCCUCGACGCCCCAGCAAACACGCCCAAGACCAACUGGCUCGGCUUGUUCACCCUCUAUAAUGACCAGUUACCGCCUAUGCCGGGCGGCUGCACCGCCUUCGUCACCCGUGUCUGGGCGCAUGCCGCAUUGCUCUACCUCUCAGUUGUGGUCUCUGGGUGGCAGCCUGGGAGCGCUGCAAUCCGAGAGAACGUGGUGCGAACACUAGCGCUGCUGGAACAGAUGCCGGCACCCGAGCUGCUGCGGACCAUGGUGUGGCCCUUCUGCAUGGUCGGCUGCUUGGCCGAGCCAGGGGAGGAAUACCGCUUUCGGGUCAUGGCGGAUGCACUGGUCCCGCAUCGACUUUUUGGGGCCGCGCGGAAGGCACUGGAGAUUAUGGAGAACGUCUGGAAAUGCAGAGGCGAGCUGGCCAUUGACACAGACUUUGCGGCGUGCGUCUGCAGCUUGGGGUAUAUGUCCCUAUUGGUCUGA